UCUCCUCCGCGUUUGCCUAUAUGAAUGACUUCGCUGGUGAUGUCACAAUGGUCGUGUUCCACUCGCUGCUCCUCUCUCCCGUUGUCUUUCGUCUCUUCGAGACAUCUACCCCUUCUCUAUAGGAUUGCCAACGAAACCCUUCAAUCACCCUUGAACUUCGCCUCCACUAUUGAUUCGGCGGAUUUUUGAAGUUGAGGUGAUUUCGAGUGAGUUUGGUGAUUAAGAGAUCUAGGUUUACGCCGAGGUUUGUAGAGGAUUGAGAUCUAUAGUGUGAAGAAUGAUGCUGGUGUUGUGAAAUCAGCAGAUUUUGCUUCCAGAGUCUAGUGGCGAGAGAGAGAGAGAGAGAGAGAGAGAGAGAGAGUUUGUGUGUGUGCGUGUGUGUACAGCGAUUCGAUUGUAAGGUUUCAGGAUUCGGUAGCUUGAUUUGAUUGCGAGGGAAACGAGUCGUGGAGAGAUGAAAUAACAGGUAGGCAAAUGAGAUGCAUCGCGUCAAUGGCAUUCAUUUUUCCGGUGAAGCAUAGCUGUUUCGUAUCUCUUAUUUUGCUCUCUUCCCUGGAAGAAUUGUUCAAGCAAUACAUGAGCAUCAGUUGAAAAUAAUUAGUAAUGAAGACGAAAAAUGCAAUAUAAAUUAGGUGUGUCUAGUAACGUUGUACUAGAACUUCGUGGAGAGAUAUGAUGCCGAGCCCAGGCCAGUGGAAGCAGCUGCAAAAACAGGCGGACACACAUCAAGGCUGUUGGGGAGAGAAGGAGAUAGAGAACGAACCACAUCCACUGCGACCAAGAUUAAAGCCUCAAAGCUUCACUCAAUCGACAUGCAAAGCCUCAGGCCGGCAACUCCGACCAGCCCUCAGGUUUUCAGGACUAAACAAGUCAGGGAUCCAUGGCCAGAGAAUGUGAGAGCGCGGCUCGUAGGGAGUGACAAGGAUAUGGGGAAGGUGAAUUACAGCUCCAGCGGGAGCGAGCAUGGGCCCAGCUCGAACUGCUUGGCUGCAAUGGUGUAUGAGUUCAUGGAGAAAGAGGAGAUAGGGAAGUGCGGAAGAGCCAGGUGCAAUUGCGAAUCCGGUUGUUGCAAUGGUGAUGGCCACGCUUGCCUUGAAGAUGAAAUUGCCAAAGCCAGUCUCGGAAACGAACUCUCCGAAGCAUUGCAGAACUUGGUUCCCUGCGACAACGAGCAGGAAAGGUCACUUUUAGGUGAAGUGAUUUAUAUGUUGGACGCUUUGACAGGAGACACCAUCACCGAUGGCAAGGGUGAGAAAGAGGACUGCGCUAGCAAUGUGUGUAGGAGACGGAGCGUGGUCAAGUAUCUUCGAAGCAGUGGCUACAAUGCCGCUCUUUGCAAGUCGCGGUGGGAUCACGCUGGCAUCUUUCCAGGAGGUGAUUACGAAUAUAUAGACGUUGUCUUCACUGGCUUAGAUGAAUCUGCAGCGAGGGUGAUCGUCGACAUUGACUUUCAAGAUCAAUUUGAGAUUGCAAGACCCACUGCUCAAUACAAGAAUGUGUAUCAAAUGCUUCCUGCUGUGUUCGUUGGAACAGCGAAUCGGCUGCUGCAGAUUCUUAAUGUGAUUUCGGAAGCGGUCAAGCGGUCCUUGAAGAAGAAAGGGAUGUUUCUCCCGCCUUGGAGAAAACCUGAGUAUGUAAAAGCAAAGUGGUUCGCUUCGUACAAAAGGACUACAAAUGAAUCUUCUCGACGCAAGCAGAUUAAGGAUUCUGCUUGCUCCGGCAUUUUAACAAAUAUCUCCUUAGUCGCGGAGAGAAGCACAGAGCGGGACAAAAAGUUCACGAAUGAGACGGAGCGUGAGGUAAAGGUCGAGUCUGUUCUUGUGUCGAGAGAGGCACAGAGCGCGUUAGAGGCACCUAAGACCGCGAACCAAUCAGUCCACAAAGCAGAGGCAGCACAACCCGAGGGCUUUGUCCAUGGCGCCAACAGGUUGAAGCAUCUUUGGUCCGAUGUUAAAACCGACAUCCCCAGGGAGAUUCAAGAUCUCGACAACACCGAUUGGCAGCCACCCGCACUCUUGCCGAGAGCUUCCAAUGCGCGGAGCGCAUCAACCGGGCUGACAUCCGUCUUGAGAGAGGCGGGACUAAUCGGCAACAAGCGGAAAAGCAACCUUGGAAGUAUACAAGAAUUCACAUCACCAGUUGCGGUGAUGUAAUCUCACUAGUCGGUGGGACCAGGGCUCAAGCAUUACCGGGAUUCGCCAUGAACACACCAUAUCUUGGCAAGCUUUACAAACCUCCUCUUUCUUUGUGCAUGUACAUCUGCACUUCGAACAAUGAACCCUCUUCCUUUUGCGGCCACUUCACAGUGUUGGAUGUGGAGUUUUACUGAUGAGUCUUGCCUUCUCCAAGGAUUUUUUUUUUCUUGAGCGUUGGUUCUAUUAAAAUUCCGAACCUCUCACCACAUAUUAGUCUUUAGUUGUUUUUCAAGCUGCUGUUUCUUCAGCGUGCUGUACUUUACAACAAUUUUCAGAGCCAAGUGGUCUCUUCCCAUACUAAAGCUCAAGGCCUAGUACAAUGAUUUCUGUAGUGAAAUUAUCUAGAAAAGUUUUGAAGAAGGGAAAAGACAGCGGUAUUGAUGGAAAGCUAGAAAGAGAAGUACAAGUGAUAUAAAAUCACAACUACUAACAUACUGAAGUUUUGAAUUUACGGUACCGCAUUGAAACUAGAGAAAAAAUAUGGGAUUGCUUUCA